AUGGCCUGGUGGAACAGAAGGCAGGCAGAGGAUCAGGCAUGGGUCUACCCCACAGCGGUGCUUUGUCUGUACGGGUUUCUGUCCAUGAUGAGACCAGCAGAGCCAUUCCUCGUGCCAUUUCUUACUGGACCAGGGAAAAACCUGACUGUUCAGGAGGUUUCAAGGGAAAUCUACCCAAUCUGGGUCUACUCCAAUCUCUUCCUCCUGAUACCCAUGUUUCUCCUGACAGACCUGUUCAGAUACAAGCCUAUUGUUGUCCUGCAAGCCUUGGCCUAUGUCACGUGCUGGCUCCUCUUCUCGUUUGGAUCUGGACUGCUGUCCGUGCAGCUCUCCCUGUUUGCCUACAGCGUGGCCUCGGCAGGUGACGUGGGCUACUUCACCUACAUCUACAGUGUGGUGGGUCAGGAGCACUACCAGCGCGUGACCAGCUACGCCCGGGCGGCUGUCCUCUUCGGCUAUGCCACGGCCUCGCUCCUCAGCCAGCUUCUCGUGUCCAUCUGGACGACCUCGUUAUUCACUCUCAACAUCAUCACCAUCACUUUCCUGUGUGCCGCUCUGCUGUCGUCCUUCUUCUUGCCCAUGCCCCAAAGAGGAGUUUUGUCCAGGGAGACUCGCAGUGGCACUCAAGCAAGCAUAGAUUUGUCGUCUGUGGACGUGGACGACGACACCCGGGUAGCAUUUCCAUCAUGGCAGAAGAGGUUCCAAAGGACCUUCAAAGGGCUCGGGCAAGUCCUGAGAGAAUGUAUGGAGCACUACUCGUCUGUCGCCUUCCUUUUCUUCUGCAUCUGGUUCGCCAUGGGGAAGUGUGGCUUCUACCAGGUCACCGGGUAUGUGCAGAUCCUUUGGAAGCUGAAGCAGCCAUCAGGGAACUUUACCGCUUACAAUGGAGGUGUUGACGCAGUGGCUACUCUCUCAGGUGCAGCGGCAUCCAUAGCGAUGGGCCACCUCCCCCUCAACUGGUCACUGUGGGGUGAGUUGACCUUGGGGCUCUUCUCUGCCCUUGGCACCGCCUCCCUCUAUCUCAUGGACCUCACGGGCAACAUAUGGGUCUGCUACGCCUGCUACGUGCUCUUCAAGUCUGUGUACAUGCAGCUCAUCACCAUGUGCACUUUUCAGGUAGCCAAAGGCCUCAGUAAGGAGCACUAUGCACUGGUCUUUGGUAUCAACACCUUCGUAGCGAUGGCUCUCCAGACCCUACUCACGGCGGUUGUUCUGAACACCAAGGGCCUUCAAUUAUCCGUGAUCACGCAGUACUUCAUAUAUGCAACAUAUUUUGGGGUAAUUGCAGUGAUAUUCCUGGUCAGAGGAGUGUACUGUGUGUGUUUGGCCAAGAGCUCCCAGAAUGGAGGAGUCAACCAAGAUGACCUGACGCCUGAGAGUCUAUCUGGCAUACCAGGAACAUCACAGAUUUAACAUUCUUUCAUGGAUAACACGCCCCCAGAGUGAAUCGAUUUCUCUUUUCCCUUAACGUGUUAAGACUGUCAAGAUUGUUGUUACAUAAUGGGAAUGAAGUCAUAAUGUAUUAGCCUACUAAAGACUCUGUUAUAUCAGUGAUGUAAUACUGUAGUAGUAAGUUAGUUCAACAACUAGUUUCAUCAGCGGAACAGUGUUGCGAUGCUACAAGUGAGUGUAAAGCCAAAGGCUUUUAUCAUUGAUGUAUUUCCUUUUUAAGUUAUGUUUUAAGGGCAUCAGAUUUACUGCAGUUAGACCUGCAUUAAAUAUUUUGCACAUUUUGUUUUUUAACAUUUUAUUAUGUUAUUAUUAUGUUAUUAUAUUAUGAUUGUUCUAUUUAAAUAGUGAAUAGCACUGAAGCAAAGAACAUAGACGUGUAAUGUCCCCUUGCACCCACAAGAGGAUGCUACUGUAAUAAAAACGUGU